AUGGCCAACCAAGAACAAACCAAGACCAACUAUGAUAAUCAAAAGGUUCUGAUCACUAGGACCAUGGCUGUCCAUCCAAGAUCUCCUCUUCCUCAACAGAAAUUCCUCCAUCUCUCUAACUUAGAUAGAAAGUGCCCACAGCUCAUGUACUUGGUGUUCUUUUACAGAUCAUCUCCACCCCACAACAUGCUAUUCAAUUCCUUAAAGCAAGGUCUUGAGGAUACUCUGUCGGCUUGGUUUCCAGCUGCAGGGAGACUGAUUAUUAAUCCUGAUAAUGGAAAGCUUGAUCUUUUAUGCGACAAUAAUUCUGGUGUACUUUUAGUUGAAGCUUUCACUAAAAUACACAUCUCUGAGCUGGGGGACCUUUCUCAGUAUAAUGAAUUCUUUGAGAGACUGGUGGUUAAUUCUCCCUUCUCAGCUGACAAUUUAUCUGAGAUGCCUCUUCUUGUUGCCCAGGUGACUAGAUUUGGUUGUGGAGGUUAUUCAGUCGGAGUGGGAACAAGCCAUUCAAUAUUUGAUGGGGUGGCAAACUACAAUUUCGUUAAGGCAUGGGCUUAUAAUACAACUAAGAGAGCAGGGAAAGAUAAGGAGGUAGAGUUCUUAUCAUUUGAACCAGUGCAUGAGAGGGGAAGGCUUGUUGUAGGCCAUAAUGGAUAUGGAAAAGAGAAGAAACCAAAAGCUGAAAUUCAUGGAAAAAUUAUGAUGACAAGGGUGAUAGCUUUUGAUCACUUACACCAACUCAUUAUGCAGGCUUCAAGCUCCUUGAAAUCAGUAAUGGAUCCUUAUAAUAGGCGCUCAAGUGGUAAGCAGGAAGAUUUUGUUCUUAAAACGUUUGGUUUGAGCAGUUCUAUGGUGGAGAAACUCAAGAGAGAGGUAACUAGCAGCAGUAAGGGUGCUAGCAGUUCUUGCUCUUCGUUUGAGGUAGUUGCAGCCCAUCUAUGGAAGGCCAGGACUAAAGCCCUUGGAAUCGCAAAGGAGAGGAUGGUAUGUCUCCAAUUCACUGUGGACAUAAGAAACAAGAUGGAUCCUCCUCUCCCCCAAUCCUUCUCAGGCAAUGCUUUUGUGCUCUGCUCUGUUGCAUCCACAGCAGGUGAGAUCAUAAACAUAAAACUUACAACUCUUGUGGACAAGAUAAAGGAAGCAAAGUUAGUGGUGAAUGAAGAAUACAUACAAGCCUAUCUGAAGGCUCUUGAGGCUCCCCAAGGUGAGCUUCCUCCACUGCUAGAGCUCACCAUCGUUUCUGAUUGGCAGCGUAUGCCGUACCAUCAGGUCGACUUCUUUGGGCGCAGCGGAGCCAUUUAUGUGUCGCCGCUUGGCUCGCCGGUUCAGCAAGUUGCUUUCUUCAUGCAGAGGCCAGGGGAUGUUGGAGGGGUGGAUGUGAGGAUUGGGUUACCCAAGUGCAGUUUACUUGCUUUCAACCAGUAUUUCAUUGGAGCUUCUUGAUGCUA